CGGCCCCACGGGCGGACACUCGGCCGGGCAGCCGCGGGCCGCGCGCAGCCGCCUCCGCCGCCGAUGCGCCUGGUGGCCAGACUCCAAGUGGGACCGGCCGACACGCAGGCUCGCGCGUCAGGGGAAGCCGAUGGAGAAUCGCGCUCUGGAUCCAGGGACUCGGGACUCCUAUGGUGCCACCGGCCACCUCCCCAACAAGGGGGCCCUGGCAAAAGCCAAGAACAACUUCAAAGACCUGAUGUCCAAGCUGACGGAGGGCCAGUAUGUGCUGUGCCGCUGGACCGAUGGACUGUAUUACCUCGGGAAGAUCAAGAGGGUCAGCAGUUCUAAGCAGAGCUGCCUUGUGACUUUUGAAGAUAAUUCCAAAUACUGGGUCCUGUGGAAGGACAUACAACAUGAUGUGAGCGCAGUGUGCCCUAUCCACGUGUGAAGAAAACUAGUGGAAGCAGCCCUGGCCUAGGUGGGAAAGUCAAGAAAGCAGAGCUGGACCAGGCAGGGUGAA